AUGCAGGCUCAUAUGGAUAAAAAGAAGAAAAUCCUCAAUAUCCGUCCCUCUAUUGAACAAAAGUUCCAUCCUUCUGCCGUGGAAGAUAUCAUCCGUGGCAUUAUAACAGCUGAGUUAUCGGACAAGCAGUAUGACCACAUGUACGUUCCUGAAUGGACAAAGACUUUGAGUCGGAAGAUACAUGACAGGAUGCUCGAAAUGCCAUACGAAAGAUUCAAGUUCAUUGUGCAAGUUGUAAUCGGCGAGAAUUGUGGCCAAGGAAUGGUUUCCCUAUGCGGUUGCCUCUGGGAUGAAGAUACAGAUGGACGGGCAACAGUUAUCUUCAAACGAAAUAACUUGUACUGUGUUGCGACAGUAUUUGCUAUCUACUGUUACUGUUAUGAAUAA